AUCCGAAAUGCGUGGUGAGCAAGAGAUGCACGGUUACACGGCGGUGAGCACCGGCAAGCGGGAGGAUUACGACGUCGAGUCAGGGGAGACUCUCUACCCAGGUCUCAGUGUCGGCGAGAACCAGCUCCGCUGGGGAUUCAUCCGCAAGGUCUACGGGAUCCUCUCCGCGCAGAUCGUGCUCACCACCAUCGUAUCCUCCAUCACCGUCUUCUACACUCCCAUCAACGCUCUCCUUAGGGGCAGUCCUGGCCUCCUCUUCUUCGUCCUCUUCCUCCCCUUCAUAUUCUUGUUCCCUCUACUCAAGUACCAGCAGAAGCAUCCCCACAACUACGUCUUGCUUGGGCUUUUCACCGCUUCAAUAAGUCUAACUGUUGGAGUUACUUGUGCCAACACAGAUGGAAAAAUUGUCCUUGAAGCUUUGAUUUUGACCUCAGCAGUGGUUUCCUCUCUAACUGGCUAUGCCUUCUGGGCAUCCAAGAAGGGCAAGGAUUUCAGUUACCUUGGUCCAUUUUUGUUCACCUGCCUCUUCACUCUGAUCCUGGUCGGCAUGAUGCAGAUGUUCUUCCCCCUCGGCUCAACAGCAAAUGCUAUCUAUGGUGGAGUUGGUGCCAUUAUUUUCUCUGGUUUUGUUGUCUAUGACACUGAAAACCUGAUCAAGCGAUUUACCUAUGAUGAGUACAUUGGAGCCUCGGUCACUCUCUAUCUUGAUAUACUCAACCUGUUCCUGGCCAUCUUGAGGGUGCUGAGACAAGGAAAUAACUAAUUUUUCAUACUCUUGUAAAUUUGAUAUUUGAGUAAAAUCAAUGAAAAUAACUUCUUUUGCUUUUCAGUAAUACAGUAAGAAGCUGGUAUAUGAAAAUACCCUUGUCCUUUGACAGUAAUGUGUUGACAAGGAAGAUGGUUUGUUUACUAUUGGAUAAUCAAUGUGAUAUUAUUAUGUGUCUUCUAUAGAAUUGUGUUGCUGCUGCUACUUGCUUUCUGGUUGCUA